AUGAGAGGCACUCUCGAGACGGCAAUGAUGUUGGUCGUAACGGGAGUCACCAACCUUUGUAUGCUCCCCGCCAUCUACUUCCUUUAUCGUCGUCAAUUUGUCUUUGAGGCUUUUAUUGGCACAUUUACAAUGAUCACUAGCUUCAUGUAUCACGUGUGUGACUGUAUAGAUAGACCACUAUGGCUAACUGAAGGACAGUGGCAUCGACUGGACAACAUCGGCUCCAUUAUGAGUUUUGUGAUGUGGAACAUUCAUUUAAUGGACCUGCGCCAUUCUGUUCUGGAACGAUAUAUGCAAUACUUUUUUUUAGGAUUAGUCCUAGUGUUUCAAGAAAAGAACCCUUGGGACGAACAGAAUUCUGCAAUUCCCAUUGUUUUCAGCCUCAUGCUUUUGCUUCUGACAUUUGUUAUGCGAAGGCGCGUGCCUGCGUACGAUUAUCAGAAUCUAUUUCGAGGAUUGAUGCUACUGGGGUGCGGUAUCCUGUGCUUUGUGCGUGGCUUAGACGAUGAUAAUGAUCCGCUACGCUUUUUUCACGGCUGCUGGCACGGCUUCGUUGGGGCUGCCGGAUACUACAACUUUAAGGAUUUCAGCCAAUCAUAUAUCAGACGUUUGCUCGAUCGUCGCAUGGUCUGCUACGGCUCCAUCUCUCAAGCAAAAGACAACGUCGUCGACCAGGAACAGAACGCCAUGAGCCUCACUGAACGGUUGUACUCAUAUGAUUUAACAUGGUCUACAAAAUUGUACCGAAAAUUCGGUCGCGAACCAACAUCACGGCUGUGCUGGGAGAUAUUCUCGCACUCGGGCGAUGGCUUCCUCUGGAUUCUGACUAUUCCGCCACUUAUGGGGCUGUUUUGGACGGUUGGUCUCAUUGGGCCCUUCGAGCCUGCCACCAAGAUGUUCUUGUCUGCCCUCUUCACUGUCAUGAUUGUUGACAUCAUUGGUAUCAUGCUACUCAAGCUUAUCUUUCGUCGCCAACGACCGCCCUUUCAUGAGGCAGAUAUACGCUUUGUGGGCCCGGAUCAACAUUCAUUUCCAUCCGGCCACUCGACGCGUGUAUGGGCUGUGGUGGCUAUGCUCAUGUACCUCACUGAUACUCACUCCUCAUGGAUUUUACGUCGAUUCUUUUAUGGCCUCUCACCAACAGUACUUGUCGCAAUUUCGAUUGUCUGGGCGCUGAUCAUAAAUUUCUCGCGUGUGGCGCUAGGACGCCACUACCCAUCUGAUGUGCUUGCCGGCACAUUUAUCGGCCUCUUUGUCUUCUGGCCCAUUUCCCUUUUUUUCAUCCAACACUACAACAUGAUUUCUCCGACGCUUUAA